AUGGAGGACCUGGCAAGGGAGCGGCUCAUUGAGGGCGCCAGGAGCCACCACGAUAUUAAGAACAUCAACCUGUACUUAGCAAACAUAGAGGAAAAUAUUAUAAGGAUUAAGAAUGAAGGAGAGAGUAUAAUCGACGAGGUCUUCCUUGCCUUCAACGGGUCUAUUAGUCACAUUUCCCUGUAUGCCUACCUGUACGAUCAUAAGAUAAGCGUGAAUUUAGAAUGCCUCCAGUUAAUAUAUGAGCAGAGCUACAUAGAGGAGGAAAAAAUCAUUGGAGAGGGGAUUAGGGAACAGGAGAGUGUGGUAGAUAUUGCUAAGUUCGAUUCGGAUCUGAUUCAUUACCUGGUGAGCGAGUGUAGAAACAACUACGAUGAGUCUACCAACUUGAGCACCAAACAAAUUGAACAAAUUAUUGGAAAUUAUAAAAACAGAAUAUUUGAAGAGUCCAUAGGAGUGUAUAAGGAGAAGUAUGGGGACGCGAUCAAAGUGUUUAACUGCUUCAUCGAUUUCAGUCACUUUUUCUAUGAUGAGAAAAAAAUGAAGUUUAUAAAAAAAAAAAAAACGGAUUCUGUAGAAAAUUAUAACAACUACAUAGAUGCAAACACUGACGUGGAGUUUUACGAAUUAAAAUAUCACCUGCUGACGAAGAAAGCGAAGGGACAUGCCUCCGUUCUGUUUUGGUCGGACGCACUAAACGAGAUUCACAUAAAAAACAAAACAAUCAUAACGUCUGUAGACGCCAUAAAGUUAACGAACACGGGACACCAACAUGUGAUUGGAAUAUUGGGACUUAACCGGGACGGUGAUAUGGUCAUCCAGGGAAUACGAAAUGAAAUAAAAAUCUUCCUCAAUCGGGAUUGUGUGAUAAACCACGGGCUGUACUGCAUCGGGCACGUGAUCCUGGUGCAGGGCCGCAUGCGGCUCUCCAACAAGACCUUCUACGCCGCGGAAAUCAUGCACCCACCGAGGAACUUCGAAGAGGAGCGGAACGAAGAAGACAUGUUCUACGACUUUGAAAACGAAAAGGAGAAAAAGCAAGUGGAGGAGUACGAAAUUAUCGUGCGGAAAAACGAUAAGAAGAAAAACUGGAUCAUCAUGCAUGAUGUGUAUCUGGAUAAUCCCUACACCUUCGACAUUCUCGAUAAGAUGUUUUCCUUAUAUGUGAAUACCUACCCGGAGAAUGAACUUCCUAUAGGCUUUAUCUUUAUGGGGGACUUUAUCAGCCUCAAAUUUGACUACAAUAAGAAUUUCCACAACGUAUACAUAAAGGGGUUUGAAAAAUUGUCGGUUAUGCUUAUUUCAAAGUUUAAACUGAUCUUGGAGCACUGUUACUUGAUCUUCAUUCCUGGAAAGAACGACCCCUGUGCAUGCAAAAAUAGCAUCCCUCAAAUGCCCAUCCUGCCUUACUAUGUGAGAAAAUUCCAACAGAACAUAGAGUCCUUUUUCUCAUCUAAGAAGAAGAUCAUCUUUGCCACGAACCCGUGUAGAAUCCGCCACUUUAACAAAAAAAUGAUCUUUUUCAGACAAGACAUUUUAAAUGACCUAAUAUGGAGCUCAACCAUUAAUGCAUCCAACAAUGAGAAAAAUAAUAUGCAGAACAUUUUUGUGUCUACCAUCGUGGGGCAGAGUCACAUUUAUCCAAUCCCACAUGACAACAGGAUUUUGAAGAGGUACUCUUCAUUCCUCUUCCUCUAUCCUUUGCCACACUUUAUCUGCAUUUCGGACAACACUUGUAACAGCUUCAUUUCGUACGCCUCUGAGGACACUAAUGAUUCGAUCAUUUCCAACUCGGAUAUGUCCUUCACGAGGAAGAAGACCUUCACGGUUUACAACGUCCUCGAGCAUGAGGCCAAGCGUUACGUCGUCCCGAUUUGA